AAAUUUGUGCAAGUACGAACGGAGCCCCCCCAUAUGUUCUCCUAACCAGUUAUUAAACAAAUUAAUUACAGAACUACAAACGAUUCUCCAUUGAUAUGGAGUGAAACUACUGAAAAAUAUCAAUUUUUACUAAUGUGUCGGCUAAACUCAUGUGGGAUUGUUUAUUAUUUAUUUAAAAAUAUAUGAGAAACUGAAGAAACAUUUUAAGACGAUAGAACUGUAAUUCAUUUUGCGAAAAACCAUCACCUGCCAGUUAUCUACAUACGAAUUCUCUCACCGGCACGUAAACAUCCACCAGAAUGAAUCAAUUGACUUCUCUGCUUCAGAAAAUGUUAAAAUAAUAUAAAAAAUCACUGACUUCAUCGUUAACAACGAGCUGACAUUAAAAAUCAUCCCUUCGAUGUGGUUGUAGUUGAACUUUGAGUGUACACAAGUGAACCUGAGCGAAAUCAUAACCUAGUAGGUCUUCGCAACAAUUAAAAUAACAGAUAGUGAAAGCUAAUUAAUCAUAAUGACACUUUGCAAAGACGGACAAAUUAGUUUAGGAUGUUUUCUCGCAGCUUCUGUCCUCGUUGGCCUGCCUGAAGUCCUGUUGAGGAUCGAGUUCGACUCCUAUCUCCAUGAUUUAUUCAGAAAUAUUUGGUUUAUACAUGUCUUUCAAUUUGUUUUUCUAAAUUUACUGGUGUUGCUGGCUUUCAGAGGAUUUGUUUACCAAGUUGCUGUGAGGUCUGUCUUCCUGGGAUACACCCUCGGCAUAGGAAUUAUAAUAGCCCUAUUUGCCCCAGAAUCGUGGAAAUGCUUUGGAAUGUACAUGUCAGUUCUCUCGACCUUUCAUUACUCUGAAUUCUUGGCGAUCGCAUGGUCAAAUCCAAAAGCAGUCUCCAUUGACAGCUUUGUAUUGAGGCACAGUGUGGCAUAUGGAAUUGCUGCUGGUUCCAGUUGGCUUGAAUUUUUCAUCGAGAGGCAGUACUUCCCAGGCAUGAAGGAAAUCUCCUUCAUCACAUAUUUAGGUAUGCUUAUGUGUGCCUGUGGGGAGGCCCUCAGAAAACUGGCCAUGUUCACUGCGAAACACAAUUUCAAUCAUCUCGUGCAGACUGAAAAGUCUGCUGAUCAUGAACUGGUGACUCAUGGCGUCUACAAGCUCUGUCGGCAUCCCAGUUAUGUGGGAUGGUUCUACUGGUCCAUCGGGACUCAGUUAAUUCUCCAGAAUCCAUUCUGUCUUCUAGCAUAUACAAUAGCAUCCUGGAGGUUCUUCCAUGACCGUGUAGUUCUAGAGGAGAUCACACUUUUAAACUUCUUCGGUGAUGACUAUGUCAAUUAUCAAAAAGAAGUCGGCACUGGCUUACCUUUUAUCUCCGGCUACAAAAUCGAUACGUAGCUUGUAGUAACAGUUUAAAAUUGUACAUUAUGGCCAUUAAUCAAAUACUUAAUUAAUUUAUUCCGUAUGAGAUUCCCUUUUUUGUAUAAAGGUUCGUUCGUCUGCGUCUACAUUUAUUGUAUAAUAAUAUUUUAAUAUUUAUUCUUUGUAAAAAGAAGCAAAAAGUAAUUUUUAUUGCAAAUCAUCAAGGAGACAUUAUUUGUCAUUAAAUUUAGUGAAUAAAUUAUAUUUAUCAAACUAUUCUAUUGAUGAGUGGAUGAAAGCAUUUGAACCCUUCCUGCCGUAUAUCUAUGAGAUGGGAAUUUUGUAGACGUUCUUUAUAAGAGAAUCAGGAAUGUGAUAUGUGUUAGCUUUAUGAUAUAGCUAAAAAAUUGGACUCGAAAAUCACUGAUCAUCAAAUAAUUAUCAUAAAAUAUCCAGGCAAUAUUUUCUUCAUAAUUACCGCCGUUUAGCUACUCAUCUGUUAUAAGGAAUAUGUCGACAGCGCAAUUAGAAAUAAGUGAAUUCUCCAUUUCCGCAAUUACCUCGGAUAAAUUAUUACAAUAAUAAAUUUCAUCAAUUUACUGCAUUUGUUGUCUUCUUCAAGGCCACUACUUUACACUUCUCUCCAUCUAAACGAGUUAUCAGGAUUUGAGAUAUUAAUAUUUUAUUGAAAAUGAUCUCCAUACUUGUAGACAAUUUCGUCAAACUUGUUUCGUCUAAUUAAUAAUGAUAAUACCGGUGACAAUAGACAAGAGCUCCACUAUUUAAGGCGAGGUACGCUUCGUUGAAACUCAUACGUUUACCAAACAUCAAACAGUGUUGUAAUAUUUGAUCAGUGCUAGAAUCAUCCUCUAGUGAUUUUAAAAUGGCCUUCGUGAAAGUAUUGAAAUUGGCAUUCUUUGCUGCAACUCUGGCCCUCGUAUACGUGGCCGACUCUGGCAGACUCUCUGGAAGUCUUGGACCUCUGCAUGGAAGUAUUGGAGUCAGCGAUGAUAGAAGAGGAUAUUAAUAAAGUAAUUAUGAUGAUAUGGCCCUAUUGAUGAACAGUCUCGAUGACAACACUUGCUGAUCCUCCCCUAGACGUGUCACAACUAUCUUCAAAAUUUUAUUGUUAUUAACAUGUUUCUGACAUCUAACUGUAUCUUCAAAUAAAUAUUGGAUUUAAAUGAA